CCGGGCUAUGCAGUAAAACGGGGCGAAGGGGCGGGAUCUCGUCGCCACCGCCAACCUAGAGCCGAGACUGGAGGAUGUUCCCUGCUCAGGAGGAGGCCGACAGGACCGUGUUUGUGGGGAAUUUAGAGGCCCGAGUGCGAGAAGAGAUUCUUUACGAGCUGUUUCUUCAGGCUGGGCCACUAACCAAAGUGACUAUAUGUAAAGACAGAGAAGGAAAGCCAAAGUCUUUUGGAUUUGUCUGCUUUAAACACCCAGAAUCAGUGUCCUAUGCCAUAGCUUUGCUGAAUGGAAUUCGUUUAUAUGGAAGACCAAUUAAUGUGCAGUAUCGAUUUGGGAGUUCUCGCUCUUGUGAACCAGCUAACCAAAGUUUUGAGAGCUGUGUUAAGAUAAAUUCACAGAGCUACAGGAAUGAAGAAAUGGUUGGCAGAUCUUCCUUUCCCAUGCAGUUUUUUCCAAUUAAUAAUACUGCUUUACCUCAAGAAUAUUUUUUCUUUCAGAAGAUGCAGUGGCAUGCGUAUAAUCCAGUGCUGCAGCUUCCUUAUUAUGAGAUGACAGCUCCCCUUCCUAAUAGCACAUCUGUGUCUUCCUCACAAAAUCAUGUUCCAGAUCUAGAGGCUGGACCCAGCUCGUAUGAAUGGACUCAUCAACAGCCAAGUGACUCUGACCUUUAUCAGGUGAAUAAACGGAAGAGGCAAAAGCAAACCAGUGAUAGUGAUAGUAGCACAGAAAACAACAGAGGAAACGAAUAUAGCCAAAAGUUCCGAAAAUGUAAGAAGAAGAAAAGAUAUUAAUAUUACCUUCAAAUGAAUUUUACCUACACUGGUCUUAAUUCUCUUCAAAGAAAAAAAAAAAAAAAAACUAUCUGUAUUCUACCAAAUCACCAAUUUCAUGCCUAUCUUGUCUUUUUUGGAAUACAUAAGAAUGUAAGUUAUUUGGUUUGCUAUUCAGUUUUUGCCUUGAAUGACAAAAGCUUUUUAAAAAUAAUAUAAUGUACAACUUUUUGUAUCUGUCAUAUUUUUGACCCAUUGACAAUAAGAAAUACACUUUGUGUCAUCUUGUUUUAGUAGUGAUGAUGAAAUUUCACUAAACUAUUAAUCAAAAGUUUCUUACUGAACAUGUAAGGGUAAAGCACCACGCUUUCUCUACUUUAUCGCCUAUAACCCUCAACUAUAGAUAAGCUGAGAUUAGAAGUAGAGCAGUGGAUUUUCUGAAAGAAACUAGUGCAAACACAUAAGAGUUGCCUGCUGUUCCUAAUGAAGAUGUAACAAACAGGCUUUAGAUUCCUUUCUUAAUAAUAUCUUGUUUUUUAAGUCUAAAUAUGUUGUUUCUGAGCCAUAUUUUCUUUCAGGUUUAUUUUAUAAAGUGAGUACAUAUGACAGUGAUACCAAAGUAAAGAUAAGUAUCAUGGGACUAGCUUCUAGAUCACUCUCUUUUUAUACAAUUGUAUAAAAAUAGGGAUACUUCCCUCUUCUCACUUAUUAAUUGUAUAUUAUGAAAAUUAGUUGGCUAUGUCAGUAUUUAUUAUCCACUUCUUUUUCCAGCAGAGUUUGAGAGGAUAUAUUUAACAUAUUUAAAGCUUGAAAAUGAACAAGUAAAUAAAAUGAUAUUUCAUGAAUGUAUGAUAUGUAACACUUACAUUCCAAAUCAAGUUUUCUAUUUUUGGCUCAUAUAUUUUAGAAGAUAAAUAGACUACAUGCAAAAUUAAUGGUUUAUUUGGGCAAUUGUUAAUUGUAUAGCUCAUCAUAAACUAGAAUGGUGAAAAUUAUAUAUUUAACUACCGCUAAUUGAAAGAGUCAUGUGACUCCAUUGGGAGUUAACUACCCAAUUCAACAGUAAAAACCAUGGUUGGAUGUUUCUUUUACAUAUCUCCCUAGUGUUUUAUAGGUAUUUAUUAUUUAAAAGAAUAAAAAUAUGUUUUGUAACAAAAGUAACUGAAUGUAACUCAUGAUUGUAAAUACAUAGACUAGUGGAGUUUAAAACAUAAAUAUUUGUCUAUCUCCUUCUGAUUAAUACAAAAAAACUAAAUUUUGCUUUAUGUAGCUUUCUCUACAAUUUCAUAUUUUUGAAUAUUAAGACUGGAAGAGAUGAAAUUUAUUUUCAAAUUCACAUUUUUUCAAGUUAGAAUCAUGCCAAAGGGAAAAUAUGUUUGUAUAUAAUUAGAAAAUAAUAUGUCUCUAAACACAUUAACCUCACAUCAGCCUUUUCUUCAGUUCUUCUAAAGUUUAACUUAGCUCUAAAUUACUUUGUGAUUGGUGUUAUUGGAAUAUGUAUAAAAGGAUUGUCUCUUAGCAAUUAAGAAUAAUGUGUGAGAAAAUUAUCUUGAAAUAUUAUAACAUAAGCUGAAAUGUUAGACUGCAAAAAAAUUCUUGUAACUCCUUUCAACAUAGACAGGAAGUAACUCAAUAUCAAUUUUAACACAUCAACCAACUUGAACCAACCAGAAAGCUAGGAAAUUUACCUACUUACUAUUGUGUCUUCUAUUGAUAAAAAAUACAAAACUUCCAUAAAGUGUUCAUAUCUACUAAAAUCCUAUAUAAUUUUAAGUUAUGAAUUUUCUUAAUGCUAUAUAU